UUUCGCUAUCACAUUUCAUGACACCGGAAGAAAAUUUGGACGACGAGUACGCGCAAAGGUAGCAAAAUUUAGCAGAGAAGCCGCGGCCCGUAUUCGUAAAUCUAUUUUUUCUGUCCAUUAUCUGUGUAGCGCAGACUCAGCCACGUGCGUGAUUGUGUGCCUACUUUAUUCGUCCAUAUUCGUGCAGUAACGCGUGUUUCUUUGUAGCACACUGCGGCAUCAUGGUCAGGCUAGCUAAAGGAGCUAAUAAGCAGGCUACACAGAAGGCUAACCCUCCAGCAGAAGAACUGGAGGAUGAAUCGAGAGAAGACGAGAACAAUGAGGAGGAGGUAAACGAAGAGGCGGCAGAUGAUCUGGACCCAGAGGAUCCAUCCCCAGAGGAGGCCGCUGAAGAAGAGGGCUCUCCUAAAGACGACGAUGAGGAUGGAGAAGACAACAACCACUCUGCCAAGAGGAAGGCUGAGUCCGACGAGGAGUCCCCAGAUGCUAAGAAAGCGAAGGCUGUGGCGCCAGAGCGCUGCCUCUUUGUGGGAAACUUGAAUACAAGUAAAGAAGCAGAUGAAAUAAAAGAAUCUCUAAAGCAGUUCUUUGGCGAAAACAACCUUGAGGUUGUUGAAGUCCGGUUAAGGGACUCCAAAAAGUGUGGUUACGUGGACUUUGCGUCAGAAGAGGACCUGGAGAAGGCACUAGAGCUUAAUGGUCAGAUGCUGUUGGAUCAGGAGCUGAAGCUGGACAAAGCCUCCAGUAAAGACUGCACACUGGAGGACAAGAAGGAAAGAAAUGCACGUACGCUGUUUGCUAAAAAUCUGCCCUUCUCCGCUACACCUGAGGAGCUGAAGGAGGCCUUCAAAGAUGCAGUGGAUCUGAGGUUACCACCAGGAGACAGGAACAAGGGCAUUGCAUACCUAGUGUUUGAGUCUGAAGCUGUGGCAGAAAAAGUGAUGGAGGAGCUGAAUGGGACUGAAAUCCUGGGAAGAACCGUCAGACUGGACUAUGUCGGGGAGAAGAGCAAGAACAGGAGAGGGGAGGGGGGCAGAUUCGGGGGACAGUUCAAAACCUUAUUUGUCAGGGGUCUUUCUGAAGACACAACCGAUGAGACUCUCAAAGAAGCAUUUAAAGGCUCUGUCUCAGCCAGGAUUGUAUCAGACCGGGACACUGGGGUUUCCAAGGGCUAUGGCUUUGUGGAAUUUGAAACUGAGGAAGCUUGUAAUGCAGCUAAAGAGUCUAUGGAGGGUGCAGAGAUUGAUGGUAACACGGUGGCUCUAGACUUUGCUAAGCCCAAAUUCAACAAGCCCCGUGGGGGUCCUGGUGGAGGAAGAGGGGGCUACGGAGGCUUUGGAGGACGGGGUGGUGGAGGUGGAUGGGGCAGAGGAGGCUAUGGAGGAGGUUAUGGUGGAGGAUAUGGUGGAGGUGGUUGGGGGGGUAGAGGAGGCAGAGGAGGAGGAGGUUGGGGUGGCCGUGGAGGUGGUCUUGGGGGGCGUGGCGGCUGGAGAGGACGAGGAGGGGGAUAUGGAGGUGGAAGAGGUGGAGGUGGAUUUUAUUACUAACCCCCCUUUUUCAUAUGUUGUUUUUUAUAAUUUGAUUAUUUUCAGAGAGUUGGGGCAUUCCACAAAGCAUCAAUGUUUGUUUACUUUGAAUAGGCUUUUUAGGCCUAAAUUUUGUACCUUUAUAUCCAUCAUGUAAAUCUUGUGUUCAACGUGAGCGUAAUCGGAAAAAGGUUUUAUGAGAAUUAUUUUUUGGUUGAAAUUUGCAAAACAUAAAUCGUUUAUUUUUACCCUCCCUCUUUCAAAUAUCUUCAAGUCAUGGCUUCUUGUUUCUUAGUUUAGGUGCCAAUUACUAUCAUAUGAAAUGUUUUUGACAGAAAGCUGUGAGCAAAAUAAUGUGGUCAUGUUCUGUGCCAUCUUGUCUGAUGGCUGUUGGUGUGAGUCAGAAGAAUCCUCAGUAUUUGUAGUGCACUUAAUUUUUUUCAAUAAAAAUGACUUGAUGGUUGAAUAAA